AUCCUCUUUUUGUAAACUGCUUGAGUCGAUAGGACGUGUAUUUCAUUAGCUGCUCACGUUUCGUAUCGAUCUGACUUAAAAUUUUGCAAAAAUGCGUUACGUAGCUGCAUACCUGCUGGCUGUUCUGGGAGGCAACGCUGCCCCAUCCAACUCGGACAUCGAGAAUAUCCUCAGCUCCGUCGGCACUGAGGCCGAUUCGACCCGCGUCACCAAGGUGGUAAACGAGCUGAAGGGCAAAUCGAUCGAGGAAUUGAUCGCUCCCGGACGCGAGAAGCUAUCUUCGAUGCCGGCUGGAGGUGGUGCAACUGUUGCUGCUCCAGCGGCGGCUGGUGGUGGAGGUGGCGCUGCUGCCCCGGCAGCAGAGAAGAAGGACGAGAAGAAGGAAGAAUCGGAAUCCGACGACGAAGACAUUCGGAUCUUCGGUCUUUUCGAGUAAUAGUUUAUUACUGCGUCUCACUUAAUGCUGUUAUGCUAUAUCAUGUGGAUAUAGGUCUACAAACAAA